GAAAGUUAAUCCUUCUAUUCAAUGGGAUAAUGCUGCUAAGGGUAUUAGGAUUAAGAUAGAAAUUGCAAAAUAAUACUGUAAACGUAAAUUCGAAAUACAAUAAUAUCUGAAGGAGAUUUGAAAUAUAUUAAAUAAAUUAGACUCAUACAAGGUAAUUAAUCAAAAAAGAGAUUAGCUUAUGUCAGAGGUUAUUUGGUGAGAAAAUAAUAUUAGUGGCUUAUACACAAAUUGAAACAUAAAAAAAAUUUAGGGAAAUAAUUGUAAUAUCAGUCAAAUGAGAUGAGUUUCAAUGAUUCCGCUCCAUUUUAAGACACAAAACUAUCUUAAAUAUCCAAGUUAGACUAUUUAUAGAUCGAAAAAUUUAAAAUAUUGGACCAAGUACCUGAUUAUUUAGUUAAUAGAGUGAAUAAGGUAAUAUGACACUUUACUUUUAAUUUAAAGAUUCUCUAAUAAUAUACAUCAUUUAAAUAUGAUAAUGAAGAAGAAAAUAAAUUUAAUUUUUCAAUAUAUCAAUUGGAAGAUGGUUGCAUUUAUUAAGGACAGUGGAAAAAUGGGUAAUAUAAUUUAUGAUUUUUGGGAGAAUGAAACAUGGUUGUGGAAAGCAAUAUUGGUUAUCGGGAUUAUAUUAUGAAGGAUAUUGGGCUGAAAAUAUGUUCUAAGGAAGAGGUAGAUUAGUUCAAGCAGAUGGUAAUAUAUUUGAAGGAGAAUUUAAUAAUAAUAAGGCAUCAGGAAAUGUUAUAGUAAUUUUAAUAUUAUAGGGAACUCUUUAUAGUGUUGAUGGUGCUAAAUAUGUAGGACAAUGGGAAAACAAUGCAAAAAAUGGUUAUGGAACUGAAAUUAGGUUGGAUGGAACACUCUAUGAAGGUUAUUAUAAAAAUGGAGAAAAAAAUGGAUAAGGAACAUUUAAAUGGGCUGAUGGAUCAAUUUACAAAGGUCACUUUGUUGAUGGGAAUUUUGAAGGAGAAGGUGAAUUUAAAUGGGAAGAUGGAAGAAUUUAUAUAGGAGAAUGGAAAAAUGACUAAAUGGAUGGUUAAGGAGUAAAUUUAAUUUUUAAAUAUUAGAUUUUUAUAUGGCCAGAUAAUAGAAAAUAUCAAGGAUCUUAUAAGAAUGGAAAAAAAGAAGGUUUUGGAUAAUUUUAAUGGCCUGAUGGUAGAGUAAAUAUUAUAUUUUAUUAAGAUAUAUAAAGGUGAAUGGGCAAAUAACAAAUAACAUGGCUUAGGAAAUUAUUUAGGAUCUAAUGGUGUAGAAAAAGAAGGUGAAUGGUAUGAAGGCAAGCUUCUUCGUUGGAUUAAAAAUAAAAAUCGAAUCUAGUGACUGAC